CUUGUUUCGUGUCACCUCGGUCAUGUCGAUCCUCUAUCUAGUUCUAGGUAGUUCCAAGUAUUUCGCGCCAGGUGAAGGCUUAGGCGCAACUCAACCCUACGACAAGUUGACAACGGCUCCAUGCUCAACCCACAAAAAUGUCGGCAGUUUUGGCUUUCAGGGCUCUCUGUCGGCCCGACCUGGCCUGAUUCUUGAACCCCUGAUCAAUUUUGGCUGGUGAAAUUUAGCACCAUCCGGAGAAGAAUCGCGUUCAGCUGAUAGGGGGCGAAAAAGAAAUACCAUUGAGAAAACUUGAAUUCGGCUGGCGCGUGGUGAGUUUCCUCGCGUUUCACAGCAGGCAUGCCCGCUGCCCACAUGACCCGCCAAUGGGCCAAGGGGAUGCCACUGGAUGGUGAAUAAGAGCGCGGGAAGCAGAUGGAAGACAGGGAAGAAAGAAAAAGAGGGUUAAUGCCGCCUAAUCGGUUGUUGCUAUUGAGGCAUAUUAUUGCCGGCUCUUGAAGGCCCACCGGAAACCUGGAAUAUGGCGGUGAUCAGCAUCUUCCAACGUAUUGUCGAUUGCAGAAUCAGGGGAAGUUAGACCUCGCUUUAGGCUUUAGGCUUUUUCUUUUUUUCUUUUUAAGCCGUUCGGAGAGCGGCCUGCUGAGAAUCUCCAGCAAAUCUCGUAGCUUGGUUGACAGGUAUAACUACACUAAGAAAACGAACAAAAAAAAGAAACAGAAAAGAAAAGAGGAUUAUGUCUAAGCAAUCACUGACAUUCUCUUCACUCACUAUAUCUUGUAUGGAGCAAAUGAGUGACUGAACUAGCGAGACCGAGUGGCAGACAGGGAGGCAGCGAUCUAUCUGAGGGGUCAGGGGCACCGAGAACAGAGGCAGAGAGGCAUAUAACUGCCGGAUACGGCGGAAUAUGCCAUGACGGUAGAUUUGAGAAUUGCCGCAUUGUCAACUUCUCCAGAGUUACAAUAUAGAACAAGUCUAUAAUUAGAGCCGAACCGAUGCACAUCUCGCAUGUCAGAAAAUACAAACAUGCAUCAUAAGGUAAGUUGUGCCUGAAGACAGGGAGGCAUGGGAUGGGGACAAGAGUGUUGCAGUGAUGCAGUGAUGAAAUUGAAAAUCAGUUAGGAUCAGUUAGGUCUACUCCCAAGAACAGUCAUAAGUAUAACUAACAGAUCCUCCAUCCCCCAGUCCACAUGCACGAAACAACUGUUCCCCCACCCGGGCCACAGCACGGCGCUCUUCCAGUCUAUAAAGCCACAGAAAUACCCUGUGAUGUGGUCAGUCAGUCAGUCAACCUGGACGGCUGCACCAUUGCGGUGGAAAUAAUACCUGAGCCUGUUCGGUGUCGAUGAGCGUUUCUAGGCUGAGUGAGACUGAAAUAAUCCUUCACUCCUCCGCCUAUUCCUUCUCUUAGAUUUCUCUUCUCUUCUCUUUUCCUUUCUUUCAUUCAUUCUUUAAUUUUUACUUCCUUAUCCUCUGGAAAUGCCGUUCUUUAAAUCAUUUCUUAUUGGUGUCGUUGGUGCGCUAAAUUGUUCCGCCCUUGCAAACCAAGAUACCAGCAGCUCUCCACCCCUCGAACCGAGGCAGAAUGGUGCCCCAGAGUGGACGUCUCCUCCAUAUUAUCCUGCACCCGUGGGUGGUUGGGUACCUGAAUGGGAAGAGGCAUAUGCCAAAGCCCAUGCAGUAGUUGCGAACAUGACCCUCGCUGAGAAAGUCAAUCUGACAACAGGCACCGGUUUCGCUAUGGGCCCCUGCGUGGGACAGACAGGAAGUGCACCUCGAUUCGGAAUCCCUAGGCUUUGUCUGCAGGACGGCCCCCUUGGUGUCCGAAAUACAGAUCACAUCACAGCCUUCCCAGCAGGAAUCACUGUGGGAGCCACAUUCGACAAGAAGUUGAUGUACGACCGCAGUGUUGCGAUGGGCAGGGAGUUUCGUGGCAAAGGGGUAAAUGUCCACCUUGGUCCAUCUGUAGGUCCACUGGGCCGCAAGCCUCGCGGAGGACGGAACUGGGAAGGAUUCGGCAUGGAUCCAUCCCUCCAGGGAAUCGCCAGUUCCCUGACAAUCAAGGGCGUUCAAAGCAGCGGAGUGAUCGCGACUGUGAAGCAUCUUGUCGGAAACGAGCAGGAGAUGUUUCGUAUGGUGUUCCCUGUUCAGCCCCUGGACUUCCUCCAGAAACCAUACUCGGCCAAUAUCGAUGACAGGACGCUGCACGAGUUGUAUAUCUGGCCUUUUGCAGACUCUGUCAAAGCGGGGGUUGGUUCCGUUAUGAUGGCAUACAAUGACGUUAACAGCUCCUCGUCCAGCCAAAACAGCAAGCUGAUCAACGGCAUUCUUAAAGAUGAAUUGGGAUUCCAGGGAUUCACCAUGACUGAUUGGUUCGCCCAUAUUGGAGGCGUUUCAUCCGCACUUGCUGGCCUGGACAUGGCUAUGCCAGGAGAUGGUGCUUCUCCACUAUCAGGGCAUAGUUAUUGGGCAGGCAAAUUGUCACAUUCGGUCCUAAAUGGGACUGUACCCCUAGAGCGGUUAAAUGAUAUGGCUGCCCGGAUUGUUGCUACAUGGUUCAAGUUAGGGCAGGACAAGGACUUUCCAUUGCCAAACUUCUCAACCCACACAACUGCUGAAAAGGGGCUUCUGCACCCUGGCGCUGUAUUUUCUCCAAUCGGCAUCGUCAACAAAUUCGUCGACGUCCAAGAGAACCACAAUACCAUCGCGAGAGCCGUUGCUAGGGAUGGUAUUACCCUUCUAAAAAAUGAUGAUAAUGUUCUCCCCUUGAACCCGGACUCUUCAAUCAGGGUAUUUGGCACCGACGCGGGUCCCGAUCCACUGGGACUCAACCCCUGUCCAGACAGAGGUUGCAACAGGGGUGUCUUAACGAUGGGAUGGGGAAGUGGAACAGCCAGAGUUCCUUACCUUGUAACUCCUCAAGAAGGCAUCGAGGCCAGAGCCCCGAAGACAAAGUUUCACAUCAGCAAUCGUUUCCCCCUCAUUAUAGACGUGAAGCCUGAAGAUAUUGCAAUUGUCUUCAUCAAUUCGGAUUCUGGCGAGAACUACAUUAUCGUUGAAGGAAAUCCAGGAGACCGGACGAUGGCGGGUCUAUAUGCCUGGCAUGGUGGUGACAAGCUUGUCAUGGAUGCGGCGAAGAAGUUCUCGACUGUGAUUGUUGUCGUUCACACCGUUGGCCCAAUUAUCAUGGAGAAAUGGAUCGAUCUCCCAUCGGUGAAAGCAGUGUUGGUUGCCCAUCUCCCAGGCCAGGAAGCAGGUACUAUUGCCGAUAUUCUCUUCGGAGAUCACAGUCCCAGCGGCCAUCUGCCGUACACGAUUCCGAAAUCCGAAGCCGACUAUCCAGACAGCGUCAAUCUCAUAUAUGACCCUAUAAUCCAGAUCCAAGAUACAUUUACCGAAGGCUUGUAUAUCGACUACCGCCACUUCGUCAAGGAAAACAUCACCGCGCGAUACCCCUUCGGUCACGGGCUUUCAUACACAGCGUUCAAAUUCAGCGAGCCGAAACUCAUACCCGUUACACCGCUCACCGAAUACCCCCCAGAGAGACCUGCUAAACUUUCCCCUCCAACAUUCUCCAACGACAUCCCGCCUGCAGCCGAAGCAGCGUGGCCAAAGGGUCUGAACCGCAUCUGGCGCUACCUAUACCCAUACCUCGAUGACCCUUCCUCCAUCAAGCCAGGCAAGGAUUACCCAUACCCGGAAGGGUACAGCACAACGCCCCAACCGCCCCCGCGCGCUGGAGGGCGGGAGGGCGGCAACCCAGCCCUCUGGGACAUCGCAUUCAAAGUCGACGUCAAAGUCACCAACACAGGCAAGGUAGCCGGGCGCUCUGUGGCACAGUUGUAUGUGCAGCCGCCACCAGAGCGAGCGGCAGAUACACCCAAGCUACAGCUAAGACAGUUUGAGAAAACACGAGUGCUGCAGCCGGGCGAGAGCGAGAUUCUAUGUCUUGAGAUUACGCGGAGGGAUAUGAGUGUUUGGGACGUUACCACGCAGGACUGGCAGAUUCCGCAAAUGGCCAAGGGUGCGAAGUUGUGGGUUGGUGAGAGCGUGGAGGACUUGAAGGUGGUGUGCGAGGUUGGCGGUGGUGAGUGCAGGGAUGCUAGAAUGGAGACGCAGUAGUUUAUUUAACCUAAUGGCGCUCGCGAUUGAUUGAACAGGGAUUGAUAAUACUCAUUCCUGUGCUCUGUCAAUAUACCAAGCCUUACUUCAAAAGAUACUAGAUUCGGUCUCUACCUCUUCGACCGAAUGUGGCCUUAACCCAUACUGCCGGUAUAAUUGUAUAUAACCAUGGUUGUAUAGAAAUCAUACCCAAGGCGUUGCCUGUAUAAUUUUAACGGUGCAAUCGGCAAGGUUACAGGGUGGUAACUACCGAUGUUCUAUCUAACAUCUGGGCUGCUAAAUGGAAGGUUUCUACCUUUUGGUUUCGUUCCCUUCUCUUUACCUUUAUUUUCAUUUUUGGCUCUCUCUAUCACUCCAUGGUCUAGUCCCUGAGAAUAGGCUCCUUUGAGUCUGUAUUGAAAACGCUGGUUAUAGAUAAAACAGAGUAACAGAGUAUUAAUAUCCGUUGAGUUGUAUCUCCUCCGCCCCGUGCCUUUUUUUCUUUUUUUCUUUUUCCUAUUUUGAGUAUCACUGUGCACAGCUCGGAGUGCCAACACUUCCCUACCGGGAAGAGUAGAGCGAUGGCCCACCACGUCAUGCUCAACAGGAUUCAUUCAUUCCGCGAAAAUGAAGCAGAAAUUAUCUCGUACGCAUUCGGUCCCUUGGUUCCCCACGCAAUCAGUCCCCUGCGCUCUACCCCAACCUUGUCCCACCAGAGUUCCCUAAUAUCCCGGGGGAUCUGCCAAACGACACCCAUAUCGCGAUCGUCAGGCCGUACGAUGAUCAUCCAGGAGUACCAGCGUAUCCAACCAACGUACUGACGGUCGAAUGCCACUAUGGAGUCAUAGCAUGGUUGAACAGCAGUAGUCUCUCCUGGCAUGAGAAACUCUAUGUGGAGACUCUGCUCUGUUAUCAAAUGACCGCUCCAGGAGAGGGUGAAGCUAAGUUGUCGGAGUCUGGGCAUGUGUAAGACAGCACGACUCAUUGCACGUACGAGAGGAUCAAAGGUACGUGGGCAGAACAACCAGCGCCACUGAUAUGGAGGGCAUUCGAAGUAUUCCAGAACACUCCCAUUGUCGGAAUCCUCGGAAUCCUCGGAAUCCUCAUACAAAUCAAAAGGUUGACCCAUGAUGGUUUUGGUUGAGUUACGCUGGUAGGAAAUGAGGGUGAAAAUGGGCAGAACAACUCGGGUGACAAGCCCCAUGGAUAAAAUCUUAGUUCGAUCUCGGUUAAGUGAUGCACAUGCAUGAAAAGGGCCAGGGAUAGUGAGAGUAGGUCAAUGGGAUGAUUUCCAUUCCAGCUUGGAGCGUCCAAAUUAUGAUUUUGAAGGGACCGACCGGAACAUCCAACGUGAAAGGAUUUCAAGCUAGGCAAGGAAAGUUUUCGUAAUGCCAUACUGAGAGCUGAGAAGAAGCAAUGUCAAUAACCUUGUCAAUCAUGGAUCAGAACCAAUAAGAGGUACACACAUGAUCUGAAAUCUUGAAUACUGGUUCUGAGAACUGAGAAAUUCAUCGUCCAAACAAAAUAAUAAACGUUCGUAACGUUGCUAAGGCAGUUUGCGAUUUUGAGGAAAGCUGUGGGAUGCACACUAUGGAUGAUUAAACACUUCACUCUAUAAAGGGUUGGCAAACUCUCCUGUCCUUGGAAUUUCAACAUCAACAGCGUUUGGGGUUUCCAGACAGGGUUGAUUCUUAAAGUCAGGGGGGCAGCCCGGUGGGUUAUGUUGGCUGCGACAAACUCAUCCUCCCAUUCCCUGAGAAAGCCAAACAGAUUCCGUACCGCCAAUUCAAAGUCCAUAUCUAAUUCUUGUUGCCUAUCAAUCGAACAAUCCUCUAGCAUCUCCGGAAGCAGCGCACCUGGCCAUCCUGUCUGGUAACACCUGGGAACCGUAGGGUGAGAAUAGAGCAACUCCGAGAGUAUGCUCCGGCGACGGAGACCGAUAAAAAUCUGGCGAAACAUUUCCCAUUCAGCUGAAGAACUCCGAACCAUAAUCGAACGCAUCGUCUGCAGUUCCACUGCAUUCUGCCAGGCACGAGAUAUACCAGCAUAAGACGCGAUUUUGGCGGCUUUUCUGCCGUUUUCAGGCUGUAACAAGCAUCUAACAAUAAGCCCAACCGUCUCUGACGGGAGCUUGUCCAUUUUGAGCUGUUCUUGGGCAAAGUAACUAAAUAACUUAACUAGUUAUCCAUACAAGGAUAAAUAUAAAAAACACCACGCAUCGACGUCUUCUCAAUUCACGUCAUUCCGAGGGAAGACUGGACAACAAAGUAUUAUGAGUGGAUAUUGUAGUUUUCGGAUGUUUGUAAACAAUAACCCGCCCGCCAUCUCGCUUUCCAUGUUCAAGCUCUUAUUUCUCCCCUAGAGCUACCGCUUGAGCUUUUACCGGGAGUUGCCAGUUGCCAUUGCCCCCGAACAUGGUGGAAAGGCAACAGAGUCCAUCCAUGAUGAGGGAUG